AUGGGUGGUUUCAGCAGUCAAUCAUCUUUAACGUCCUCCAGUCCUGCCACACCCAUCUCGCCCAAUUCGCCUGUAUCCAAUCGGUUCUAUUCAUCCAGUGGCAGCCUGUUUUCCAUUGGCAGUGAUCAGUUGCUGGAUCACUCGCAUUUAAAACCUGGCAACAAUGCAGAAUUAUUAUCUUAUUCCAAAACAAUCAACAUGUACAGAGAAAAUGCCAAAAAGACCAACGAUCUGGAUAUCCAAUGUGACUUUGCCAUCUUUCUGGUGGAGUCGGCCAAACAAUUGCUUCAAAAACACGAGGACGAAGACGAACGAGAUCGGACUCAAAAUGCGGAGGAACCGAAUGAAGACGAUACCAUGCGACGAUCGUACCUGUGGGAAGCGGAGAAAAUUCUUAAACAAGUAGCCAUGCGCGGGCAUAGUGAAUCACAGUAUUACCUGGCCAACAUGUAUGCUUCUGGUCUGCUUACCAAAUCUGCCAAGCCCGAUAUCGACAAGGCGUUUCCACUGUUUGUCCAGGCAGCCAAACACCAUCACCCGGAUGCUUCAUACAGGACAGCCAAAUGUUAUGAAGAAGGCUUGGGGACACGCAAAGACAAGGGCAAAGCGGUGCAAUUUUACAGAAAAGCGGCAACAUUGAAUCAUCCUGGUGCCAUGUACCGGCUCGGGUUAGCUCAACUGCACGGAGAAUUAGGUUUGUCGCGCAAUGUGCGUGAUGGGCACAAGUGGCUCAAACGAUCGGCCGAGGCCGCGACGCCCCAAUAUCCUCAUGCAUUGCAUGAACUCGCUGGGUUGCACGAAAAAGGCAAUGCCAUCGUGUUUGUCGACCAUGCCUAUUGCGUAACACUUUACAACGAAGCCGCUGCGCUUCGGUACGCGCCUUCCGCGUUUCGAUUAGGUGAAUGCUAUGAAUUUGGCAAACUCGGCUGUGACCCGGAUCCGGCACUUUCCAUUCAGUAUUAUGCCAUCGCCGCCGAACAAGGUCAUCCAGAUGCUUGCUUUGCCCUGACGGCUUGGUACCUUGUCGGGGCGCCCAAUGUCCUCGAACCUUCGGACGAACAAGCGUAUGCGUGGGCGUGUCGUGCCGCUCUUUCGGGCCAUGCCAGAGCCGAAUACGCUGUUGGUUACUUUUGCGAAGUCGGCAUUGGUGUCGCCAAGAAUCCCGAUCAAGCCAUGACGUGGUACCAAAAGGCGGCCGAACACGGCGAUCGUCGCGCCCCCCAUUGGACGCCUUUUCAUUGCGACCACCCUCGUGCUCUUCUCAAUCGCAACGCUCAUCCAAACGAUUCAGUAAAUUUUCCAUGCCAUCACCCAAAUCAUUCUGGCGAAAGAUGGCCAUCAAACAAUAAUCCAACUGUAACUCGUCACUCUCCCAGGAAAAAUUGCCGUCCAACAAAACUGAUUAUACCAUGA